CCUGGAGUGGUGAGCGAGCUGAGGUGACUGGGCAUGCUCGGCGGCGGCGCAGGUUUUGGUCACAAGUAGGAAGAAGCUAGUGCACGACACCGGCAAAGAGGAGUGGGAGCCGCUGCCGCGCCGCGGCUGUGGGGGCCGCCGCCGCCGCCGCCUCGGAGCAGGAGCGGGGCGGCAGCCGGAGCGGGCGAGGGGCCAAGCCUUCGGGCAGAGGGCCGCCCAGCCUGCCCACCUUCCCGCCGCCUCUGUCCGCGCGGUGCGCCGACCCCCGGGUCGGUCACCUGGGCGGCGAGGACCCCGCGCCGGGGAGCCGGAGCGGACCGAACUCCACCUCCGCUAGCUGCGGCCCGAGGGCGCCCCCCCAGGGCCGAGCCGCCGCCGCUGCCGCUUUCUGCGGGCCGCUGAGUGUCCGGCCCCGCGCCCCACGCCUGGAGCCCCGAGCGGCCGCCGCCGGCCCCGAGGACGAGGAGAGGGGGCGGCCAUGGGGCUGCUGUCCCAAGGCUCACCGCUGAGCUGGGAGGAGACCCAGCGCCACGCCGACCACGUGCGGCGGCACGGGAUCCUCCAGUUCUUGCACAUCUACCACGCCGUCAAGGACCGGCACAAGGACGUGCUCAAGUGGGGCGACGAGGUGGAGUACAUGUUGGUGUCUUUCGAUCAUGAAAACAAAAAAGUCCAAUUGGUCCUGUCUGGAGAGGAGGUUCUUGAAACUCUGCAAGAAAAAGGGGAAAGGACAAACCCAAACCACCCUACCCUUUGGAGACCAGAGUACGGGAGCUACAUGAUCGAAGGGACACCGGGCCAGCCGUACGGGGGGACCAUGUCCGAGUUCAACACCGUGGAGGACAACAUGAGGAAGCGCCGCCAGGAGGCGACGUCUCUGCUGGGAGACAACCAGGCUGUCUGCACGAUAACCUCAUUUCCCAGAUUAGGCUGCCCUGGGUUCACGCUGCCCGAGUUCAGGCCCCGCCCGGUCGAAGGAGGAGCUUCCAAGUCCCUCUUCUUUCCCGACGAAGCAAUCAACAAGCACCCACGCUUCAGCACCCUAACAAGGAACAUCCGGCACAGGAGGGGAGAGAAAGUCGUCAUCAAUGUCCCGAUAUUUAAGGACAAGAACACGCCGUCUCCGUUUAUAGAGACGUUUCCCGAGGAUGACGAGGCAGCGAAGGCGGCUAAGCCGGACCACAUUUACAUGGAUGCCAUGGGCUUCGGGAUGGGCAAUUGCUGUCUCCAGGUAACGUUCCAAGCCUGCAGCAUAUCUGAGGCCCGCUACCUGUAUGAUCAGUUGGCCACUAUCUGCCCAAUUGUUAUGGCUUUGAGCGCUGCGUCUCCUUUUUACCGAGGCUAUGUGUCAGACAUUGAUUGUCGCUGGGGAGUGAUUUCUGCGUCUGUUGAUGAUAGAACUCGGGAGGAGAGAGGACUGGAGCCGCUGAAGAACAAUAGCUAUAGGAUUAGUAAAUCCCGGUACGACUCCAUCGACAGUUACUUGUCCGAGUGCGGGGAGAAGUACAAUGACCUCGACCUGACCAUAGACAGGGAGAUCUACGGCCAUCUGCUGCAGGAAGGCAUCGAUCACCUCCUGGCCCAGCACGUGGCUCACCUCUUCAUCAGAGACCCGCUGACUCUGUUUGAGGAGAAAAUACACCUGGACGAUGCCAACGAGUCUGACCAUUUCGAGAAUAUUCAGUCCACAAAUUGGCAGACGAUGAGAUUUAAGCCUCCUCCCCCAAACUCCGACAUUGGAUGGAGAGUGGAAUUCCGGCCUAUGGAGGUGCAGUUGACAGACUUCGAGAACUCUGCAUACGUGGUGUUUGUGGUGCUGCUUACCAGGGUGAUCCUGUCCUACAAACUGGACUUCCUCAUUCCCCUGUCGAAGGUGGACGAGAACAUGAAAGUGGCACAGAAGCGAGACGCCGUCCUGCGGGGCAGGUUUUAUUUCAGAAAAGACAUCUGCAAAGGUGGCAGCGCUGUGGUGGACGGCUGCGGCAAGGCGGCGGGCGCGGAGCCGGCGGCCGAGGAGUACGCGCUCAUGACCAUCGACACCAUCAUCAACGGCAAGGAAGGCGUGUUCCCUGGGCUGAUCCCCAUCCUGAACUCUUACCUGGAGAACAUGGAGGUGGAUGUGGACACCAGAUGCAGUAUUCUCAACUACCUGAAGCUGAUCAAGAAGAGAGCGUCCGGAGAAUUAAUGACAGUUGCCAGGUGGAUGAGGGAGUUCAUCGCAAAGCAUCCUGACUACAAGCAAGACAGUGUCAUCACUGACAAAAUAAACUAUAGCCUUCUUUUAAAGUGUAACCAAAUUGCAAACGAAUUAUGUGAAUGCCCAGAGUUACUUGGACCAGCAUUUAGGAAAGUAAAAUAUAGUGGAAGUAAAACUGACCCUUCCAACUAGACGUCCCGCGGCAGGGAAAGUGCGUCACCGUGUCCCUGCUCGCGGGGCUGGUGUGAACAUCGGCUCGGAGCGCAGCGCUGCCCUGGGCCGCUCGCCAGAAGUGGGUCUAGAAGCUUCCUUCAGCUAGGCAAACCUAGAGUUUAUACAGUGUACAUGUACAGAGUAAAGUAUUUUUAUGAUUAACAAUGUAUUUUAAUAACACUGUAUCUAAAGUCAUCGUGAACGGCUUGUACAUUUCUCACUUCUUACUCUGGAACGCCUACUGUGUAAGCAGUUUUGUAAAUGUCAUGUACUGGUAAUUAAUUGUACUAUACUUGCAUUCCAGAGUUUAAAAUGUUUACUGUACAUUUGGGGUUUGUUUUCGUUAGGUUGUUUGUUUUUUUUUAAAGACUUUACCUGGGACCUGAUUCACUGAAACCUGUCACUUCGCUUUAAAACCAGUUUGAAUCCUGUUCAUUUUCUUUGAGUCGUUUCCUUUGGCGUACACGUUAAAUCACUACGGAGUCCACUCAAGUGUUUCAAGGGAAAUAUUGGAUUUCGGGCACCUUCCCUGUGAUAAUAGCUAACCACUCGGUAACCCUGUCCCUCAAGCCUUCACCACUAAACAGAACCCAUUGAGCUGACAGUCCUGCUUUGUUUAAAUUUGCUGCUUUGGGCAUUAAGUCAGAAGACAACUCUGUAGGAAGAAAGACUGAGUUCACUAGUGAUUAUGGGAGGCAAUACUAUUUUUUUUGUGUGUGAAAAAAGGAGAAUCAUUUUUCAUCUUGUACAUACCAAGAGGAAUGUCCAGAAUGACACCAGCUCUUCUGUCGUGGCCCCUGCAUACAAAUUUUCAAAUCAAAUGCGGUUGCUAAAGUUUUCGUUACUUUAGCUCUCAUUUCCAGUAGGCACGUGACAUUCUUCCAAAAGCCAUUCAUCCUAGAUUUGACCUGGGGGAUAUUCUACAUACUCCUUACCUUCUCUGUAAAACUCAUCAAGAAAUCAUGAUCUGCACUAAGUUUUGUGAAUCAGGGCCCUAAAUGUUUAAUUGUAAAUAACUUAAGUUUCACACAAUUGUUAGAGCUUUUUGUUGAAGUUUUUCUUUCCAAUUAAAGAAAAGUCUUAACUGCUUCUGAAAUAACUAUGUAUAGUAGAUUAUACAAACUUUAUAGACAUAAAUAUUUAAACUAAUGCUAAUUUUAGGAAAUUGCAAUAAAGCUGCAGCUAAGCCUGUUAAUGUAUAAAUACUAGGAUUUGUGCUAAAUUUCAUACAUGCAUUUUGGAAGAUAAACGAAUGCCUGUUUUCCAUUUGCAAUUUGCUUGUGUAAAUUCAGAUUGUAAAAAGGGAGUGAAAUGUUUGUGGUAUGAGGAAAUAAAAGAAUGGAAUUAGCAUUGUGAAAA